UCUAACCAAACGAGUGGUCAUUAGACGUAGUCAGUGUCAAUCUUAUUCAGUAUUCGAAUGGAACUGGAGGAAUAUAGCUUGCUUAGUAAUGGUGCUUCUGGUGAUCCUAAUAAGUGUGCUAAAGAUAGCUUUAAUGCUAGUCCUCUGGAUUCGAAGGAACUAUGCGUAUUGGAAAAAGUUGGGUGUUCCGUACGAGGAGCCCCAUUUUCUAUAUGGAAACUUUAAGAACGUUGAUCGGUAUCAACACGAUGGUCAAUUGAUCCAAGAGUUCUACCGGAAAUACAAAGGGAAAUCCCCACUCGUUGGAAUCUACACUUUCUUCAAACCGGUCGCUGUCCCCACUGAUAUUGGACUCGUCAAAAACAUUCUAAUCAAGGACUUCAACUUUUUCCACGAUCACGGGACAUUUUACAAUGAAAAAGAUGAUCCUCUGUCAGCGAAUUUGUUCAGUGAAACUGGUCUGAAAUGGAAACAACUGCGCAACAAACUUUCGCCAACCUUCACAAGUGGAAAGAUGAAGAUGAUGUUCACAACUAUGUGGGAUGUUGCAAGGAAGUUUGAAUCAAAAAUUGAUGAAGUCUGCAAAAGCGGGGAUGACUUGGAUAUCCGAAAAUUCAUGGCCCGGUUUACUAUGGAUGUUAUCGGGACAUGCGCUUUUGGCUUGGAAACAAACAGUCUGGACAGUGAAAACAAUGAAUUUUUCCAAGUUGGAAUGAGUGUUUUUGAAACCCCAAAACAUGGGACGAGAUUCGCGUUUCUCCUAAAUGUUUUCCGGAAGUAUGGGCGGAAACUACGCUUCAAGCUUUUCCGGGACGAAGUUAUAAAGUUUUACACUCGCAUCGUCCGGGAGACGGUUGACUAUCGUCUGGCAAACCAUGUAGAGAGGAGCGAUUUUUUGCAGCUCCUGAUCAGGUUAUAUACUACCAAUGGCGAGGACAAAUUGUCUUUCAACGAGCUCUUAGCGCAGGCUUUUGUGUUCCACAUCGCCGGAUUUGAGACUUCCUCUACAACCCUCCAAUUUUGUUUCUACGAACUCGCUUGUAACCCUGAGAUCCAGGACAGGGUGAGAAACCACAUUAACGAAGUCUUAGAGAAACACAACGGGCAACUGACGUAUGAAGCUGUGAUGGACAUGAAGUACAUUGACCAGGUUAUAAAUGAAACUCUUCGGAAGUAUCCUCCAGUUGGGGUGCUACAACGAGAAGCAAGUCAGGACUAUAAAAUCCCAAAUAGUGACUUUGUUCUUGAGAAAGGCAUCAGCGUGCUUAUACCAUCUUACGCCAUACACCAUGAUCCUGAGUUCUAUCCAAAUCCAUCAAAAUUCAAUCCAGAUAACUUUUCCGAGGAGGCAGUCAAAAAUAGACCAUCAGUUGCUUUUCUACCAUUUGGCGAAGGACCACGAAUUUGUAUAGGAGCUCGAUUUGGUUUGUUACAGACAAAGAUGGGAGUGAUCGCCGGUCUGCGUAAAUUUAGAUACUCACUAUCGCCAAGGACUAAACAGCCUUUGAAACUUAUAUCAAAAUUCUUCAUUUUGCGUCCGGAUGAUGUUAUUUGGUUAAAUAUUGAACCAAUAAGUUGAUUUGUGACUUUCAGGAAUUAGAAUUAAUCAGCUUUUUUUCCA